AUGUCCAAAAAUUCAAUCGUCCGAUGCGAUGAAGUUGUUGGAUGUCAUUUAUUGAAAUUUCUCCAUGGACUAGACACAAUUAACUUUACUGAAGCAGUAGACGGUAGUGAACUAUUCGGAUCAGUUGCUAAACCACUCGAUCAUCAUUUUAUCGGGUUAAUCAAAACGUUCAGCAAUCGGCAGAGAAUCAUGCUAUCGCGUACUCUAUGGGACUAUUACAGAAAUAACUGCGAAAUUGACGAAGAGCGUCUUUGUGUAGUUCCCACACGUUAUUCACUUUUUACUCAACCAUCAGAGCGUUUGUACAUUCAUGCAUGUUUUGGUCUAGAAGGAUUUUCGAAAUUGUCUGAAGCAUAUAGAUCUUCUCUUUUUCAAUGUUAUUGUCGUCUUUUACCACUAAAUACUGCCUACUACAAUGCAGAUUUCGGCCUUCUUGAGUACGAGUGGUUUAUUCAAACAAUAGGUCUGAAAAGACCACUGAACGAUCACGAAAAAAAAUUAUUUCGAGUUCAAACAACGUUUUCUACAGUGGAAGAUCGAAGUGAGCAGAAGAAUAUGACAUUUGUGCGCACUAUAGAUGAAUUUAAAAUGAAUAUGGCAGUUCAUUUCUCAUCAGUUCUAUGGUUAGAAGCAAUUGAUUUUUCUAAGUUUAUCAUCGCUGGUGGAUGCGUCCUAAACUCUUUGUAUAAAUUGCCAUUUCUCGACACUAAAGACCAGGAUAUCAACUUAAUCUAUUACAUAAACAAUCUAUGUGAUUUUCACGCAACAAUGCAGAGUACCAUUGAUCGUAUAAAGCACAAAAUUUCGCAAAGAGACAAAAUAGUAUCGACAUUUCCAUGUCUACAAGCACUCGCAACACAAUCAUUUAUGGCCUACACGCUCCACCCUGAAAGUCCAAAGCAUCUCUGCACGCGUAUAGGCAAAUAUUACGAUCGAGGUUUUGAUCUUUUACUACCCAUUGGUUUCGAUGGAGAUCUUGAAUCAAUGAUGGAAGAGGAAGAGAUUCCUUUGUACCGUUUCGAAUAUACAAAGUAUACUAAUGAUGAAGGAGAGAUAUAUGCUGUUACGCGAGAAUGUUAUCAAAGUUUCGCACGGAACGUUGAGGGUGUGGGUGAAUAA